AUGUUCCGUGAAGCAUCGUUAAGAGUUGCUGUUAAUACACCUCCUUUGUCAUUGCACAGAUCUCCUGAAGCACCAUCUGAAUAUAAAGAUAAUAUCAACACUGUACCUGGUGCUUUGAGUCCACCAAAGAAAGAAUCAAAUGGUGUGAAAAUCCAUAAAAAGAAAACCAAAUCUCCAACGCCGGUACAUCAGAACAACAAAGUGCAACCACCUACACCUCCGCCUCUCCCCCCUACACCUAUUACGCAACCAUUGAAACCUCUGAUUGUGAAGAAUAGAAACGUCUCAGUGCCCAAAGAUGCUCAUAACCGACUGAAGAAAGAACUCACGGACCAGGUGACUCUAGGCCAUAAUGCCCACAGAAAGUGGGGGAAAGUUAAUUUAAACCACUGGGAUGGGUUGUAUAUAACAGCUGAAUCCAGUCCAGCUGAAGUACAGGAAUGGAUGGAAUCUAAGGACUUCAGUCCAGAAAUCAGAAACUUGUUUCGUGACAUGACAGGAAAGAUGAUGUAUAAAUUUACCCGUUCUCGACUGGAAGAAGUUUUGGGGAAUGAAGAAGGAGGUCGACUUCAUAGUCACUUGACAGUCCAAAAGAAUAUCAGUGGGUACAAAACAUAUAGCAGCCGAGAACUUCAGACCAUAUUAGCUGAAAGACGACGAAAAAUCGAAAACAGUACAGACAGUACUAUCACCCAAAGCGAAGGCAUGGUAAAGUUAUUUAAUGGCAGCAGUCACAGCUCUGACUCCGGCAUUUCUAGUAACGGUUCUGACUCCGACCUUUCAAAUACAGGCUCUGAUCAGGAAGCCAAGAUCACAACACCAUCUAGGGAGAAUAAAGAAAAACAAAAGGCAACGUACGAGUGGCAAAGAAGACAGCUGCUGGCACAGGCUAUGAGUAAUUAAAAUGGCUUCUAACUGUCACGUGCUCAAAGUGUAUUUCAAUUAGGUCCUUGAAAAUUAAUUUACCUUGACCACGUGACUUGUGAUUUAUUAAGUAUCGAUUACCUUGCGAAAUUUGUUCUAAAAUGAUCGGACAGAACACCAGGAAGUCUUUUAUUAUGGGAUGAAUGAAGAAACAAUUUUCGAAAUUUUUUAUACAAAAUGAUUUUAUCAAUUAUCAUGUUUAUUGGAGAAGGCACUAGAACAACAAAAAUGAACACGACUUUGUCCAAUAACUGCUAAUGUCGAUAUAUAUACAUGUAAGUUUAACAUAAAUAUUGAUUAAUUGAUAUAGAAUAAUAAUGAAAGUGAAGAUUGUUGUAAAAUGUUACAUUGUUGAAAUAUAAAGCUUAAUAAUGCAGAAUUUUCUAACAAUUAAUAUGAACGUCAGUAAGGUCUAUGGCAAUAAAUUAUAGACGCAUCGCUAUCUGAAAAAUGUCAAAGUUGAAACUUAUAUAUUACUUUGGCAGAAAUGUCUAACAUUGAAUGUGAAAAUUAACGUGAUAGAUAUACAUAACGUUAUCAUAUGCCACUAAUGAUAGCAAGUAAAUUGUCAUCCAAAGUAAUUAAGAUGAGGUCUUAUUCAUCUCUUGGUGUUGUAUAUCUUUAGAAAAUAACAGAAAUGAUAAUUUCAAGAGUUUGAAUAUUAAGUUUUAUCUGUAUUUUACCAUAAAGUUCUAUUGAAGUCAAAGUACAUAUUUUUUGUUUUUAUAUUUUUCAAGUAUAAAUUAUUUCAUGUCAAAAGUGCGGAAGGUUUAGCCGAUUGUUGGUAUCACUGGUGUAUCUAUUAGCUAUUCACCAGGGGUCCUAAUUGAAUAGCGUCUUGCAAGUAUCUGAAACAAAUUAUAUAAACCGUGAAAAUAUCACCAAUAAUUAAAUGCUCUUAGGUUUUUAUUGUCUACCUAUUAAUGUAGCCACCAUGUUUAUAAAAUGUUCAGGAUUGCUUAGAACAUGUCGUUCCAAUGAGGAACAUAUAUCUAACCAGUGUAGUCAACAGCGGUAAUAUAUUUUAUUAUUUUCGUUUCCCAGUGAUGUACAUAUUCAUUUUUGAUUUAACAUGCGUUUAUUGAUUAGAAAUUUAAUAUUUUGUUCAUGAUCAACCUUACAAUUAUGCUUGAGUGUUCAACCUUGAAAGUAGAAGUUCUAAUUUUCAUAAAACGUGAAAAAGGUGAAACGUUGGACUGCUGCCAGAAACAUUACUGACGUUUCCAUACGUUCACGUGAAACUAGGGCCUUCUGUUUACACUGUAAUCUUCUGUCUUAGUGCUUUGGCUUGUAACAAAAGCUAACAUUUGUGUUGUCUUCUCACUCGUGCGAUUGAUUUACGAAAUCAAGACUCAGCUGGCUGUCUUCUCAGUAAAACAGAUAGUUGUAUUAUUUGAUGUGUCAGUUGGCUGACUUUGGAAUAUAUAUUCGUAUUAUCUUCUUGAAACCUUUCCUCUUGAGAGUAACCAUAUUUGUGUUGUUCUCUAUUGGUUAAUGGUAAGACGUGUUUUCGUUAGCUGAUCAGGGAAACCUCUCUCUGAACUAUUAUGACAUGGUAGAGAGGAUAAUUAGUAUCUACCAUAGUUCUUCCAAGUCAGUAAGUUAUACUCCAAAUAGAGAACUAUAUUUAGAGACUUUACAAGAAGAGACUAAGUGAAGAUAGUAUAAGAGACUCAGUAAACAUACUAU